GAUUGGAGAAAGACCGGGCUUCCCGGCGUUUCUUGCAUUUUCCUUGUCGGUGAAGAUUCUUGAGGACGUGGAGUCAAACAGUUUUGGUAAAAGGUGAGGCGGUGCUCUGUAGGACUUUAGUACAUUGGGUCGAGAGUACGAGGCCCGUACCAGUACGUAUAUAGCGGGACACUAGAUAGAGCGGCGUGAUCCCCAUGCAAUUGCGGUUCUUGCAAAUGCGGUCCCAAGUACUUCGGAGCCAAAAUAGUGUUCUUGGACGGUCUUGAGCUCCAUGGACCCAAUUUCCACGCGAAGACUUGGAUGACAGCUAAUCCGAGACCCGAAAGGCCGAGAAAAGCAAAGGCGGGGGGUGGGGUGAUGGCGGCGAAAGCCGUCAAUAGACCUGGAAUAGGAGAAAUUCGAAAGGCAGGCGUGACGCGCCACCGCGACGGCGGUUGUGAUUCAAUCUGUGCGCCAGUUGUGGUUCGAAAGCUCCCUAGACGCAGGCAGGCUGUAGCGGGAACAGCGGUCGUGAUGUUGCCGAGGGGAGCGUCCUCCCUGGGCAAGGGGAGGGGAGUGGGGGAGGGGGAGGGUCUUUGUCGGGAGCUCGGGGAGAUGGUGGUCAGUGGGUCGAUCCGAGGACAUCCGGCGGAGCACGAAGGGCGUGUGGGUCGUGGACGCUCGUAUUGUACAUCGUAAUGGUUCGGCGACUCGGGCGUAUGGAGAUGGAGCGGCAGAAACGAGCGCAGGGCGUUUCAUGCGAGACGCUGUCCGAGAGGUCCAGCGAUCAAAGUGAGACCGCUUCAUCGAGCUCCAGCGUGCCUUCCGUCAGGAGGAGAAGCGGGCGGAAGAAAGGCAAGAUAUCGGCUGCCGUGUCCCGAAUGAGGGACGCAUAUGUCAACUGCAUGCUGAAUGCUGCCACCAUUGGAGAUUGCUCGGCUUUGGUCUACGGAAAUGGCUAUUGUGGCAAUGACUUCCAAUUCAAAGGCUCGUAUCUUAGUAUCGAAGAAGAGGCGGCUUACAUUCGCAGUAUGUCUCAACGAUCUGCGAGGUGAAGGACUGUCUAGAAACAGGUUGUCUUCGGCGUAGCGGAGGGCACAAGAGAGAGUUGACGAGAGUGAUGUAGAGACGAGACGAUGAUGUUUUGUGUACAUAUUUGAUGUAUAUGGAGAGAGAGAGAGAGAGAGAGAGAGAGACUUGAUAAUCAAGAUUUUUGUAUAGGACACUCAUCAGAUUGUAACGUAGGCGAUGCCACGAUCAUGCCUUCGAUAUGGAAUCGAGUUGCGCAAAGCGUAUUCGUCGCUGCUGGCCGUGCCGUGCUGUGAGUCUGGGAGCCCUUCUUGGAGUUGUGUCUCCGUUCUGGUUGCCAAUGUGGCAAAUGUGCCAUAUGUCAAGACUUCUUGGACCGAGACUGAAAUUAAAGUUGGGGUUGUUCGACAU